CGUCUGUGUUUAUAAAUGGGAGGUCAAGCCGCAGGGACCGGCACAUCUGAGUCCUCCCACAAGACAGGUGCAAGUCAGAGUGGAGACAACAGUCACUUCAGCUGGACGACAUCACAGAGAGAUUCGUCAGGAUUGCAAGUUUGGACAGAAAGGUAAGUCCAUUCUCAGACAGAAAUAUCCCCAGUAAGGAGAAGCGAAACCAGAACUAAAGAUGAACCUGUUCGUCAUCCUCGCCGUCCUUGCAACAUUCAGUGUUAAUGUGGCUUUUUCACGAAGAUGGAAACCAAAACAUCAGGAUACUUCCGGGGAGCUGUGCCAGUCUGGGGAUGGGAGCAGUUACAGGGGCUUCGUUUCCAAGUCAGCAAAGGGCCACAGAUGUCUCAAGUGGUUUGCACGCCCCCUGAAUGGAGCAUUGAAGGGACUUGGCCAUCACAACUACUGCAGGAACCCUGACCAGAGCCUGGGGCCAUGGUGCCACGUCAGAAGAGGAAGGAGGACUGUGAAAGAAUUCUGCAAUAUUCCCAGAUGUUCUACACCAACAAAGACACCUCCAGCAUCUGUUGAUACAGAGAUGACAUGUGGUGAGAGGGCCGAACGGAGGCUUCACAAAAUUGUCGGUGGUUCUUUCACACCCAUUGAGUCGCACCCAUGGGUGGCCGCUAUCUUUCAUCGUGAUGAAUUCCUCUGUGGCGGCUCUCUCAUUUCCCCUUGCUGGGUUCUCACGGCUGCACACUGCUUCGGUGAAAUUGGGACGACCAAAAUCAGACACCUGUCUGUACAUCUGGGGAAGAAUGCCAUCAAUAACACAGAUGCUGACAGGGAGCAGAGCUUCACUGUGGAAGAACUAAUCAUCCACCAAAAAUAUGAUCAUUACAGCCUUGACAAUGACAUAGCACUGCUGAGGAUCGAAAGCAGAAAUGGAGGCUGUGCCGUGAAGUCAGCGUCCGCACGGACAGUGUGUCUUCCUCCAUUUCACACUCAGCUUCCUCCCCGAUUUCAAUGCAGCAUCGCAGGAUUUGGGAUGGAGUCAUACCCGGUGGGGCGUUAUUCGCAGAAGUUGAAACAGGCCGAGGUGAGCCUGCUCUCCCGGACUGAGUGUGAAAGUGAAUUGUACUACGGAGAGCGCAUCACCAAGAAUAUGUUCUGUGCUGGGAGCCCCGACUGGAGCACUGAUGCCUGCAAGGGUGACUCCGGUGGUCCGUUGGUGUGUGACCUGUCGGGCCGGAUGUUUCUGUUCGGGGUGGUGAGCUGGGGUGAAGGCUGUGCUGAGAAAAACAAACCAGGAGUUUACACACAGGUCACCAAAUACAACAAGUGGAUCGCCGCGAAAACAGGCCUCUCCCAAUACACGGAUGGAGUGAUGUAUCCUGAAAAAUGAAUGUGUUUCAGAAAGUUACCUGUUUGGAAUUGAGGAAAAAAUUUGGCAGCAGCUUUUUGGUACUCUGUGUAUGCCAGCAUGUGCAGAUGAUGCAGGUUUGCUAGCUGAUAGGCGUUGGCAUUAUUGCACAUUGAAAAUGUUUUUUGCACAGUGAAAUUUUGCUAAAACUGUUCUGAAUUAAUGUUUUUUUAAAUAUAUUUUGUUACAUAUAUGAUAUGUUUUAUAAUUACUUAUACAUGGACUUUUCAAAUGGAGAAUGUGUAUUUUUAAAAAAAACUUUUAGAGAGUUUAUUUAUCUAAUUUAAUUUUAUAAUCAUUUCCUCUUGUAGAAGGCUGGCCCUGCUGUUGAGAUUUUUCUUGCAAUAAAGAAAGUAUUUUUAAUACAUAUCCAUCAUUAUCA